AGUUAUUUUUCAGCUCAUGUCCUCUUAUAUUACCAACACAAAGCCUAGCUUGUUAAAGAUCAUCUUGAAUAAGAUAGGCAUUAUUGAUUUACCAAUAAAGGUCAACUGCUGGUUUUGCAAUAACGACUCGUACCUUUUGCCAGGAACUAAAAACACGAUUGAUUAUUGGUAUUGCCAUUUGUGUGAAAACACCAAUGCUAGAGAUGAGGUAAAGUAUGGGCAUUAUUGUUUUUUUUUCUAACUUUAUGAAAGCAAGGAGAGAUUCUAGAUCCAAGUCCUAUAGUGACUUCUCGCUCUUUGGAUGAACAUUACAGUAUGUACUCUACACUACUGACAACAUUACUAACCUUGUCUCAACAGCCAUUCCGACUGGCAAACAGCUUAAUAUGGAUAAUCAACGAACGUUAUGCGAGGAAUGCCUAGCCAAACAACAGCUUGUAUACCAGCUUUUGAGUGAGUAUAUUCCUGAUGAAGAUGACCCAAGUUAUGAGUCAAGAUGUGAAAGUGCAGACAGAUAUAAGGCAGAAUUGCAUCAAAGGCAUAAAGUAUGUAAUGAAUGUCAAGCCAAAAUCAACCAAUUGGUCCAAGAACAAUUUAUUACUCUUCGUAAAAAAGGAGCGAAUACCAAUGUUUUAGAAAGCCAAAUCCUUGCCUCGAAAGGCCAACAAAUAGAAUCCUUAACACGCCUGAAAAGAUGCUCUCUGAGAUUAAAGAUGGUAUGCUUUGUCAUUGUACAUAUCACAACGAUUGCUUUUCUUUUGAUGGCUAUACAAUACCCUCCUUAUCGUUCAUAUAUUUCUUUUGAAUCAAGCAAGCUAAAAAAUGUUUUGUCCUAUGAUACAUGGGGAGAAUGCUUUGAGCAAUUGAUGAUGGCUGGCUUCUCGUUGUUUGUCAAAGAUACUUGGAGACUUAUUUUGACAUUUAGUCACUGCAUGCUCGUAAAUGAUUUAGCGACGUGUGAUUGGGAUGUACAUAGUUAUUUGGGUAGACUUAGCCUUUUAAACAUGGCAUCAUUUUAUAUAUAUAAUUGGCAUCCUAUUCUUUCUUCUCGAUUUAUUUACGAAGAGCAUAUUAAAUAUUGGACACUCUACAAGGUAAGAAAAAAAAAGGGGCUACUUUACGAUUGACAUUGGGUUUAGGCUAUGCAAAACGUAUUGUCUCUGAUUCGAUUUUCAUCAACAGUAUAUCUCUUGUUUGCCAAUGAAGAGGACAUGUCCUUUAUCAAACCUGCUUUAUUUGUCUAUCUUGCUGCAAGUAUUCAUAUAUCUCGUCUUGUUCAAGAAACUAAUUUUACAUUAGAUUUUAAUCACAAGUCUGUUUAUUGUAAGACAGGUCAACAGGACUCAAUUUGCGUUUAUGUUGACUAAAAAGGAACAAAUGUCGAUUUUAGAACAAGACGAUCCUGUCGAAUUGAUAACAAGCAGCAUAAAUAGAAUUUACAUGUAAAGUUAUUUAUAUUAAGAGAAAAAGUAAAUAAACAAGUAAUCAGAUCAUAAUUACUAGCCAAC